AGUGAGAGAGAGACAGAGAGAAAGGUCUUCCUUUGCCGUUGGUUCACCCUCCAAUGGCUGCCGCGGCCGGCGCGCUGCGGCCGGCGCACCGCGCUGAUCCGAUGGCAGGAGCCAGGAGCCAGGUGCUUUUCCUGGUCUCCCAUGGGGUGCAGGGCCCAAGCACCUGGGCCAUCCUCCACUGCACUCCCUGGCCACAGCAGAGGGCUGGCCUGGAAGAGGGGCAACCGGGACAGAAUCCGGCGCCCCGACCGGGACUAGAACCCGGUGUGCCGGCGCCGCUAGGCGGAGGAUUAGCCUAGUGAGCCGCGGCGCCGGCCAUGGUUUGUUUUUAAGCUUUAUUAGGGUGAAUUCAGAGUACCCUUUAUGCUGGGCUAGUUUUGCAAAAAUAUGACCUCUUGCAAAAACAUGACCUCUGCAGUCUCUUCUCUUCUGGUGGCCAGUGUCCCUCCAACUGUGGCUGGUUGGAACCUGAAAGUCUUGCAGCCCUGCUGAACUCCUGCAGUUUUGUUGUGCUUACAGCUUUCUUUUGCUGGCCUUGUGAAGUUUCACCCUAUGUUGGGCAACUUGGUGUUCAGUCACAAUUAAGGAGACCCGAGUGCUGAUUUCUGGAGCUCCUGCCCCCUCUUGUUUGUCCUCCUCAGACUCUGAUCUGUUUUCUUUAGCAAGGCCCUUGUGCUCUGCUUGGGACCCGCUUCACUAGCUGUGGUCUUGAACGUGCCUCCGGGCAGCAAGCCAGGGAGGUGGGAGCACCUGUCUCAUUUGUUUUGCUUCUUCCAAGGUACAUAGUACUGUGCUACCUGCCUCCUGAAACAUUCUGAAAGUAGGAUUCUUCCUUUAUUUUACCAUGCUUUAUAGUUAUGCGAGAGUAAGCCUGGUCCUACUCUGUCUGGACAGAAGCAGAAGUUCAAUUAGAAAAAUGAUUAAAUCCCUGACACAUAUGAGCACUGGUUCAGGUACUUCAUGACUUUUUAAAAAUAUAAUGAAUCAAAAUCCAUGGUAUGAUGAGGGAGAAAAUAAUCAGGGUUAGCACAGUAAAACAGCAAUAAUAAUAGCAAUAGCAAACAUUUAGGAUUAUUUUGUGUAUAAGAUGUAUUACAUAUGUGCACAUGUAUGUAUAUUUAUAUGUAACUUAAUAUUUCUAACAAUCAUUUAGGUAAGUGUUAGUAUCUCCAUUUGCAAAGUUAGAAAAUGAAAUAUAGAAAAAUGAAACAACACAAAGUCACACAGCUAGUAAAUGGUGGAGCUAGGAUUUGAACCAGACAAUAUUGGCAAAAAAAAAAAAAAAAUGCUGCCUCAGGAACCCAGGCAAUUCCCCCCUACCAUCCAUCAUGUACUGCAUGCAGUGAAGUAGACUUGCUUUAGAAAUAUAAAAGGAUACUUCAGAAGUUCAUGAAGAAAUGAAACAAAAAGACAAAUUUAGUUCGUGUGAAAAAAUUGAAAUCGAUACAUAGUCUUUUCAGGGCUGGCGUUGUGGCGAAGCAGAAUAAGCUGCAGCCUGUGACACUGGCAUCACCUGUAAGCAUCAGUUCAAGUUUCUGCUGCUCUACUUCCGAUCCAGCUGCCUGCUAAUUUACCUGGGAAAGCAGCAGAAGAUGGCCAAGUACCCUGGCCCCUGCCACUCAUGUGGGAGACCCAGGUGGAGUUCCAGGCUCCUGGCUUCUGCCUGGCCCAGCCCCAGCUGUUAAAGCCAUCUGGGGAGUGAUUCAGAGGAUGGAAGAUCUCUCUGUCUGUCUGUCUCGCCCUCUCUCUCUGUGACUAUGCCAUUCAAAUAAAUACAUCUUAAAAAAAAUACAUAGUGUUUUCAUAGUGCAUGUUAUGCAUGGAUUUCGAUUUUUUUUUGCACCAUAAUUUUUAAUUCCAUUUUCCAUGAACUUUUUGAAGUACCUUUUGUAACACUGCACAAGAUCCAAUUUUAUUCUUUUUCUCAGCUUCCUUCCUUCUCUCCCUUCCUCCCUACUUCACUCCCUCCCUCCCUCCUUCCUUUAUCCCUCCCUUCCUUUUUGUCUCCCUCCCUUCAUCUUUUUGCUCCAAAUUCCAUUCCUGGAAGAUUAUAUAUAAAACUUUAGCUUAAAAUGAACUACCCUUCCAUCUCUUGAACACACACUCUCUGUGCCUCUCAAUCCUCUCAAUAUAUAUUUGUAGAUUUCUAUAUCUAAUCUUAAGUCUGUACCAUAUCUCUACCUCCUUACUCCACAUCCCUAUGUCUCACUUACCAGUAUCUUCAUUCUACAAAUUUCAAACUGAAUUCAUUAACUACCGGUUCAUUUAGGGAGUGUCUCUUUUUCUUAAAGAAGGUGAAAAAUUUUGGAAUAGCCUAUGAACCCUUCCUUCUAUGUCUUUUUUUAUGAAACAGGAUCCAGAACCCAUUGCACUUGCGAAAUGUGUCUUGAGAAAGUCCUUUUGCUGUUCUCGGUGCUUGAUUCAAGGCCUCCGCAGCCCUUACUGAUCUAUUGCAACAGUAACUUAACUUGACCUUCCUGUGUUUAUUGUUCUUCUAUUCUUUCUAUUCUUCAUGGUAUUUGUAGAAUUAUCAGCACAAAACUCAAGUAGAUUUGCCAAUACUGGUUAAAGCCCUACGCUGGCUCAUCAUUAUAUUCCGUCAGGAGUUAAGGGCAAGGCUUCAGAGUCUGACUGACUUGUCUUCGCUUUCCACCACUUUCUAGCCAGGAUACAUGGGAAUUUCCUACCCCUUUAGCAGUAGUUUCCUCUUCCAUAAAAUGGCCAUGAAAAUAAUUACUCCUUAUGAAGAUGUUGGUAGAAAAGCAUUAUUUCAAUGAAAUAAAAAAUGUUUAAAAUACUUAAGGGUUUUGUGCAUGCUCAAUAAAUUAUUAUAACUGUUAUCAUUUAUUGUUAAGAGAAUGGCAGUCACGACUUUCUACUAUGCCUUGCCUUGCAUUCCAGGUUUCAGAUCUGUUAGAUUAUUUGCUGAUGUGGCCCACAUAUUUUGGCUCAUGCUCUGUUGCUUCAGUGGAAACAUCUCCCCCAAACCCCAAUUGCUUGCUGAAAGAAUAUUGUGCCAUCACUCCUGGGAAACCUUUUGCGGUUAUCACAGUCAGAAUAAUUACUCUUUGGGGUUUCCUUAGUCUUAAUGAGAGAACAUGCCAUUACUUAUUCCAUUCUUCCAGCACUUGUCUUGUGCUGAGUUUGAACUCUUAAGAGUCAGAUAAACAACAAGAGCAGUGUUAGCUGUUACUGUUAUUUUUAUCAGUUGUGUACCUGUCUUGUCCUUUGAGCUCUACCAGCCUGUUACCUCCUCAAGGGCACAGUCAUCAGAUUUAUUUUUGUGUUGUCUCACAGUGCCCAGCACAGUCCUUUGUAGGUACAAGCACUCCUUGAGUGAGUGUUGAAUAUAGAGGGGGAGACUUCAGCCGUUUAGUGGAAGGAGUUGAGUGGCUGGGGUUCCAGGAGCUCCCCUUUAGAUGUUGUGGAGCCUUCUGAAGUAGUUUCUGGCCAGAGAUAGGAGCUCGGUCCUGCAUCAGCUGGACUGUAGGGCAGAAUUCUUACGUAAUAAGUGAUUUUAGUUUCUUUGCUAGCAAAGCAAGGUCAUUAUGUUCUUAAAGCACCCAAUUGUGUGAAAUAUCACUAAUGAGGCACCAUUUCUUGGUGUCAAAUACAACUUCUGCCUUUGUCCCUUUAUUUUCCCAACACCUCUUUAGAUACUUGAAAAUAAUUUAGAAAUCUUUAGGAAAAUUAAUGUAUUUUCCAGAUCCUGUUUCACAUUGGGUUUAAUAUUCUACUUCUAAAGUAUAAUAAAUGUAAAUAAGUAUGAGGUUAGCUUUUUCAGGCAUUUACCCUGCGAUCAAUGUCAGACAUGUCACUCCUUAGGAAAUCUUGAAGAAAUUCACAACAAUAAGAAAAGGUGUGUUUUCACCAUUCAUUCCCUCUUUCUUGCUUUUGUUCAGAUUUGAAUAGAUAAGUAGUUAUUGAGGAAAAUACUAUUUUAAUAUACUGUUUUACAGUAUCUGCUUUUAGGAAAGUGAUUUGCAAAGUGCUAUGUUAAAUAAUGAGGGAGUUAUAAAAAUGCCUUUUAGUAGCUACAGAUCUGGGAAAAUGUGUUCUUCCUGCUUGGUGUUAGAUCUUUGAAACAAUAAUGUUAAAUUACAACAUUUUUAUCUGAGCUAGCUUGGUAGCUCUAAAUAAUGCCCAAUAAUGAAAAUGUAUUGGUAAAAUAGUAAUUCUAUGAAUCUUUCAGAUAUAAAUACUGAUUCAACUUGGACUAUACAAAAUAAUUAAUGAAAGGCAGAAAGAAAAAAAUAAGGUGAUUGAAGACAGUGUUGGUGUUUAAAGAUUUCUAGGUAAUGGCCCUUUCCCAAGUGAUAUAUAUAUAUGAAAUGAAAGCUGAAACACCGGACACCAGGGGAAGCAGUACCACCACAUACAUUACAAAUAUGUGAUCCAAUGGAAAUAUCCCUAAAAAUUGAAACCAGUGUGAAGUUUUCCAUUGGUUCUUUCUACAGAAACAUCAAUGCAUCUUCUUUGUCUCCAUUCCUGAUAUAGGCCUCUGUACUCUGACCACUCCCCCUCCCUCCCAUGUUGAAUAACUGUAUUUUAUUAAGUCCAACAACAUCUGAGCAAGGGAGAUUAUUCUUCAGGCCACAGACCACGCGUAUGCUGUGCAUAUGGAUUCACAGAAGCCCGAAAACCACUCCACAGAUUAGGACUACCGUGUUCCUUAAUUUACAUACAAGAAAGUGAAGCCUUGAGUAGUUUAAUUAGGACUUGCAGAUGGAAGUUAGCCCCACAGGCACAUUAUGUUUGGCCUGUUGGGAUGCUUUAAAAUCUUGUUUUCAUUGAAAACUCAGAGGCUCUGACACUGUUGGACUGAUAUUCUUGCACGGCAUCGAUUGGCUAGAAUUGUGUAGACACUGUCCCUUUCCCAGGAUUCAUAUAUCGGCAGGUUUGCAAUCCUCACAAUUCCAUUUUGUUUGAGACCUCUUUCACUUAUUCAUGUUACCUGCCUUGCCCUUCUGAAGAUUUUCUUUUAUAUAGCAAGUCAGAGGCAGGGUAGAAACUUCUCUCCAGAUUUCUAAAGCAAUUUUAGGUUCCUACCCUCAUCACUCAGGCAGUGGUGUAAAAGCAGGAGAAACCCUGAGGCCCCUCCCUUCAAUGCCAUUGACUUGCUUUGUGGAUCUGAACAGAUCACUUACUUAACUCUUCUGAACUUCAAUUUUGUUGUCUGUCAAAUGAGUCAUCAUAAGCAUUUAAAUCAUGCAUGUAGUUUUAAAAAAUUAAGAGCAUCCCUGUAUAAUCAUAGUUAAUAUUUUAUUUAUUAGAUUGUUUUUAAAUGCUGCUUCAACCAUGUUCUUUUCCUACUGUUAAUACCAUCAGUGCUUUGAAUUCUAUAGGAUACGUUCCAAAUUUCUCGGUGAUAGAUUCGCUGGCCCCAGCCGUUUGGUUCCAACAUACCUUGCCAAAGCAUCUUUUACUUUGUAUGUAAUGUGAUGUAAUUCAUUCACCAUUCAUUUCCCUUCCUCCCAUACUCCCCACUACUCAUUCUUUUAUCCCAUAAAUAUUGAGUACCUCUUCUCAAGGUUCUGUUCCCAGCACAGGAGGUUACAAAGUUGAAUGAGACAAAAUCCCUGCCUCUCACAUUCUUACUUUUGAAUAUAUCUUCCAUCUGCUUGCCUCUUUUGCUCAUACUGUUCUUUUUCUCUUUCAUUGUUUUUUUCAACAAAUAUGUAUUGAAUGCCUUCUGUGCCUUCAUGGGAUGUUGCUGUUGUAACAAAGUCCCUGCUCCUUUUGCAUUUAUGUUCUUGGGAGUGAAUAGUCAUUUUAUUUAAAAAACAAAACAAAACAGUGCAUAAGGGGCCAGCAUUGUGGCACAGGGGGUUAAGCUACAAUUUGUCACACUGGUAUCCUGUAUCAGAGUCCCAACUGCUCUGUUUCCAAUCCAGCUCCUCUGCUAAUGUGCCGGGGAAAGCAGCAGAAGAUGUUCCAAGUAUCUGGGCUCCUGCCACCUACAUGGGAGACCUAGGCUCUUGGCUUCCAGUCCUGACUGUUAGGGACAUUUGGAGAGUGAACCAAAGAAAGUCUCUCUCUUUCUCUUCCUCUGUUUCUGUCACUCUGCCUUUCAAAUCAAUCAAUCAAUCUUUAAGAAUAUACAUAUUAUGCAUUAUUUAAAAUCUUUUCACACCAAAAUCCACUUAUAAUUCCAUUUUCUGCACUUUUUGAAGUACCUUCACAUAUAUCAUAGGGCUAAAAAGAAUGGUAGGGAGGAUUUUUAAAAAAAAUAUUUAUUUAUUUGGAUGCAGAAUUACAGAGAGGUAGAGGCAGAGGGGGAGAGAGAGAGAGAGAGAGAGAGAAAGAAUGAGGUUGAGAGGUCUUCCAUCAGCUGGUUCACUCCCCAGAUGGCUGCAAUAUCCAGAGCUGCACCAAUCCCAAGCCAGGAGCUUCUUCCAGGUUUCCCAUGUGGGUGCAGGGGCCCAAGAAUUUGGGCCAUUUUCUACUGCUUUCCCAGGCUAUAUCAGAGAGCUGGAUCGGAAUAGGAACAGCCAGGACUUGAACCAGCACCCAUAUGGGAUGCUGGCACUGCAGGCGGCAGCUUUACAUACUACGCCACAGCACCAUCCCCAAGGAUUUUUUUUUUUUUUAACAGAUUGAUUUAUCUGAAAGAGAAUGAGGGCGAGAGAGAGAAAAAGAAAGUUCCAUCCAUUGGUUCAUGGCUUCAACAGUUGGGGCUGGGCCAGGCUGAAGCCAAAAGGUUCAUGCGGGUCUCCUACAUGUGUGCAGAGUCCUAGAUACUUGGGUCAUCUUCUACUGCUUUUUCCCAGGCCAUUAGCAUGGAGCUGGAUUGGAAGUGAGGCAGCCGGGUCUCAAGCCAGUGCCCAUAUGGGAUGCCAGCAAUACAGGUGGUGGCUUUACCAGCUUUGCCACAACACCAGCUCCAGGGAGGAUAGAAAGUAACAGUGAAGAUCAAUAAUUUUAGAUGAGGUAGUGAGAGAUAGCCUUUAUAAACAGAGACCUGAAAGGAUAGUUGAACAGAGAAAUGAAACAAGUGAGGGAGGGGCCUGGAGGGAAUCUGGAGGAAGAAUUGUCCAGGCACAAUGCACAAGUAAUGAGUGGCAUGUUCAAGGGACAUGCGGAGGGAAGGGUAAGUAGUGAGCUCAGAAGGUUGGAGGACAUUACAGGCCCUGGUGAAUGCCUAGGCUGUUGGCUGCAGAAUCAGUUGCAUCACCUCUGAGUUUUUAUCUCAAGUUUCAUUGUGAAACCCGUGUUCAUUCCUGUUGAUGAUGAUUCCUCCUUCCAACUUGCAGAAUACCUGUUGGCCACAUAGCUCCUGUGCAGCUUUAACUAUGUUAGCAGUGGGUGUCUGGUUGGCUUCUUAUAGGUCCUCUGUUCUGUCCUACCUUCUUUGUAAGCCCCUCUAGUUUAGGGACAUAAGCAUUUCAAUCCUAUGUGAUGAUUGCAUCUACUUGGUGCUUAAUGUAUGUUUAUCUUAUGAAACCCUGGCUUCAGAUGUCAGCAGUAGGAAUUUGAAAAUGAUGUCUGAUAAAGAAGUGAGAGGACUUGAUCGUAGAUUGGACAUAAGGAAUGAUGAUCCUGGAGGAAUAAUGGCGUAAGGGACAGAAGAAAGGAAGGAGGAGAAGCUGAUUUGGGGGGUAUAUUGAUGAAUUUGAUUUGGGAUUUAUUGAGCUUUCUAUGCUCACAGGAUAUCUAAGGGGAGCUGUCCAGAAUGAUGUGGAUGUGUCAGAAUACAUGUAGAGUAUUGGAAUGAUCUUGAUUGCUGCUUGCAGUUAUGUAAUCUCAAACACAGGGACAGCCUCUAUGUUUUUAUGUUCUUAGAACAAGGGCUGGCAAGUACUUAAGCCAUUUGUCUUUAACAGAUCUGUGGAGAUGCAUGGGAAGGUUGGCAUGCAGCCUUGCUGUUUGUCACGGACUAAGGUAAUUGUGGCUCUGAAUCCCAGCCUCGCCAUUUUUACCUGUGUGGUCUUGGUCAGGGAAAGUGGCCCCUCUGAACUUCAGCAUCCUCAUCUGGAAAAUGGAACAGUAAGACCUUCUCUGCAGGGCUAUGAGCUGAUGAAUAUAAGCAUAGAUUCUAGCAUGGAGUGAUGGCUCAAUAGUACCUAUUCAUCGGCUAUAAUUAUUAUCAUUAUUAUUAUAAUUAAGAUAAGCCUUUCACUGUGGAGUUUCACUCUCAGGCUUGGAAGAGAUCUCAAAAGUAAUUGUUUUGGUGUUGCUAAUGACUUGUUCUGCAUAUAAUCUCCCCAGUAACUAAUCCUGGCAGUGCAUUCAGAACUCUGAGAGUAAGUUGAACAUUGUUGGAACACUGGACUCAGAGUACAUCAGUCAGUGUUAUAGAAGCUUACAUAUUACGUUACCAGCAAUUAAAAGGGCCUCAUGGUGGGAUAGGUGUUGAAGGGCACUUUGGAUAAUAAGCAAUAGAAUUACGUAGCGUUUUGGAUUUGUAGAUGUAUCUCCUUAAAUAAGGUGAUAUCAUUUCACAGAAGGUAAAUAAAAUUCAAUCCUCAUAGCAACAUUUUUAUAGUGAUAGAAUGAGCACUAAAUUUUGAGAGAAGCAAAUAGAAUCUAUUCAAGUUCAUGUGGGAGAAAAACUCUUGCUUACAUUUUGUAUCCUGUUAGAUGCCUCUACUUCUUUUUUCCUUCAAAUCAGAAAUUAAGGUUUUGUUAGUCCAUUGAUCUAGAGUCCUUUCCUUUUCAAUAUACGUCACAAGUCUAUGCUUUGAAAUGGCUUCCUGGAGGUUCUGACUCCUUAGGAGCUGCUGGGGCUUCUAAAACUGUGAGCUUUACUUUUUUGCAUUAGAGCAGAUGUCGUGGCACUAAGACCCAGAAACCAUUUGCUUGUGUGGCUGGAGCUGGGCAGGCUGUGCUUGCACUGAAGGGAAGGAAGUCAUUAGUGCAGACUGAGCUGUGGAGUUGGGUUCUUGCAGGAUUUCCUUCCAGCCUUUCCCCACUAAGGUUCUUGGGAAUUAAAAAAAAAUCUAAACACACAAACCAAGUUUUCCUAUUUACAGUGUUCAGGGAAGGUGGGCAUUUCGGGAAGGGCAGAACCUUUUCCCAAGUUAGCCAAGAAGGAAGAGAAAACAGCGUAAAGAAGCUCUGAUGACAGAUCUUUGGAAUUUUCUUUGCUAAAUUUUACAAACGAGAAGUACACCCAGAAUUUUGGGAAUUGCUCCAGGCUGCGCGUGAGGGUUUGAUUGCUUGUCUAAUCUUUUUUGAGAAGAGGAGAAUUCGCCAAAAGGGGUUUGGAUGGCAGGAGCCCGACUGGGUGUCUGCAGCGGCUCUCGUUCUCAGUCUCUUCCGUGAGGGAGGGUCUCUGCAGCCGGCCCGGAGACCCCCGCCGCAGGCUCCUUUUGCAGGCGCCGGUCGGGAAAAUGCCCCGCUCGGGCAGAAGUACGCCGGUGGCUGCUGGGACUUCCUAGCCCGGUGGGAAGUGUGUUCGUUGUUUGGGAUACUUUUCAUUGAACUGAAGGCGAAAAGACUGGACUCUCCUGGGCUUUUUCCCUUCGCAGUGAAUAUGGGAAAGAAUUAGGGGUGGGAGGGAGGCAGCAUGACUUGCAGUCGCCGCUGCCCUGCAUCUGCCCCCAGCCCCCAGCCAACAUCUUGAUGUUCCACGUAUCGGCUGUACAAAUAUGAUGAAAUGGCAGCCCCGGAAGAAGGCAUACUUCCGACAGGGCGUUGCCCUCCAGUACCUUGGACGUCAUGCGGAUGCCCUGGCAGCCUUUGCCUCCGGGCUGGCUCAGGAUCCCAAGAGCCUCCAGCUUCUGGUGGGGAUGGUAGAAGCUGCCAUGAAAUCUCCCAUGAGAGACUCCCUCGAGCCCACGUAUCAGCAGCUUCAGAAAAUGAAACUGGACAAGAGUCCCUUUGUGGUCGUGUCUGUGGUUGGGCAGGAGCUCCUGACAGCUGGCCAUCACGGGGCUUCUGUGGUUGUCUUAGAAGCUGCGCUGAAGAUUGGCACCUGCAGCCUCAAACUGAGAGGUUCUGUUUUCUCUGCCCUGAGCAGUGCGUACUGGUCUCUUGGAAACACAGAGAAGAGCACUGGAUACAUGCAGCAGGACUUGGAUGUAGCCAAGACCUUAGGUGACCAGACCGGAGAAUGCCGAGCUCAUGGGAAUCUGGGCUCUGCAUUCUUCUCCAAAGGAAAUUACCGCGAGGCUCUCACUAGCCACAGGCAUCAGCUGGUGCUCGCCAUGAAACUCAAGGACCGAGAGGCAGCUUCAUCAGCCCUGAGCAGUCUGGGCCACGUGUACACAGCCAUUGGAGACUACCCCAAUGCUCUGGCCAGUCACAAACAGUGUGUUCUUCUCGCCAAGCAAUCCAAAGACGAACUUUCUGAAGCCCGAGAGCUUGGCAACAUGGGAGCUGUGUACAUUGCCAUGGGUGACUUUGAGAAUGCUGUACAGUGCCACGAGCAACAUCUGAAGAUAGCCAAGGACCUGGGGAACAAGCGAGAGGAGGCCCGGGCCUACAGCAACCUGGGCAGUGCCUAUCACUACAGGAGGAACUUUGACAAGGCCAUGUCCUACCACAACUACGUGCUGGAGCUGGCGCAGGAGUUGGUGGAGAAGGCUAUUGAGAUGCGGGCCUAUGCUGGCCUGGGCCAUGCUGCCAGGUGCAUGCAGGAUUUGGAAAGAGCCAAGCAGUACCACGAGCAGCAGCUGAGCAUCGCUGAGGACCUCAAAGACCGGGCUGCCGAAGGGCGAGCGUCAUCCAAUCUGGGCAUCAUACACCAGAUGAAGGGCGACUAUGACACGGCGCUGAAGCUCCACAAGACCCACCUGUGCAUCGCCCAGGAGCUGAGCGACUACGCCGCCCAGGGCCGUGCCUACGGGAACAUGGGCAAUGCCUACAACGCGCUGGGCAUGUACGACCAGGCGGUCAAGUACCACCGGCAGGAGCUGCAGAUCUCCAUGGAGGUGAACGACCGCGCCUCGCAGGCCUCCACGCACGGGAACCUGGCUGUGGCCUACCAGGCCCUAGGCGCCCACGACCGGGCCCUGCAGCACUAUCAGAACCACCUGAACAUCGCCCGGGAGCUGCGAGACAUCCAGAGCGAGGCCCGGGCCCUCAGCAACCUGGGCAACUUCCACUGCUCGCGGGGGGAGUACGGCCAGGCCGCCCCCUACUACGAGCAGUAUCUGCGGCUCGCUCCCGACCUUCAAGACAUGGAAGGAGAAGGGAAGGUCUGCCACAACCUUGGCUAUGCCCAUUACUGCCUUGGGAAUUACCAGGAGGCCGUGAAAUACUACGAGCAGGACCUGGCGCUGGCCAAGGACCUUCACGACAAAUUGAGCCAAGCGAAAGCCUAUUGCAACCUGGGCCUGGCAUUUAAGGCUCUGCUGAAUUUCAGCAAAGCUGAAGAGUGUCAGAAGUACCUACUGUCUCUAGCCCAGUCCCUGAAUAAUUCCCAGGCUAAAUUUCGAGCCCUGGGGAACCUGGGCGAUAUAUUUAUCUGUAAAAAGGAUAUAAAUGGUGCAAUAAAGUUCUACGAGCAGCAGCUGGGCUUAGCUCACCACGUAAAGGACAGGAGGCUGGAGGCCAGUGCGUACGCGGCCCUGGGCACUGCUUACCGGAUGAUCCAGAAGCACGACAAGGCCUUGGGUUACCACACCCAGGAACUGGAGGUGUAUCAGGAGCUGAGUGACUUGCCGGGGGAGUGCAGAGCUCACGGGCACCUGGCCGCUGUCUACAUGGCCCUCGGGAAGUACACCAUGGCAUUCAAGUGUUAUGAGGAGCAGCUGGAGCUAGGGCAGAAGCUGAAAGAUCCGAGUUUAGAAGCCCAGGUCUAUGGUAACAUGGGCAUCACAAAGAUGAACAUGAACGUGAUGGAAGAAGCCAUCGGCUACUUCGAGCAGCAGCUGGCCAUGCUGCAGCAGCUGAGCGGAAAUGAAUCUGUGCUCGACAGGGGCCGGGCCUACGGCAACCUAGGGGAUUGCUAUGAGGCCCUGGGUGACUACGAGGAAGCUAUCAAGUACUAUGAGCAGUAUCUGUCUGUGGCCCAGAGUCUCAAUCGGAUGCAGGACCAAGCCAAGGCCUACCGGGGCCUAGGAAACGGACACAGGGCGAUGGGGAGCUUGCAGCAAGCCCUUGUGUGCUUCGAAAAGAGGCUCGUGGUUGCCCACGAGCUUGGGGAGGCCUUCAAUAAAGCGCAGGCCUACGGAGAGCUGGGGAGUCUGCACAGCCAAUUAGGGAAUUACGAACAAGCCAUUUCCUGCCUGGAACGCCAGCUGAACAUUGCUAGAGAGAUGAAAGACCGAGCCCUGGAGAGCGAUGCGGCCUGUGGCCUAGGCGGUGUUUACCAGCAGAUGGGCGAGUACGACACAGCCCUGCAGUACCACCAGCUCGACUUGCAGAUAGCGGAAGAGACCAACAACCCCACGUGCCAGGGCCGCGCCUACGGGAACUUGGGCCUGACGUACGAGUCCCUGGGCACCUUCGAGAGGGCCGUGGUAUACCAAGAACAGCACUUGAGCAUCGCUGCCCAGAUGAACGACCUGGUGGCCAAGACGGUGUCAUACAGCAGCCUGGGAAGGACCCACCACGCCUUGCAGAACUACUCCCAGGCCGUCAUGUACUUACAGGAAGGUUUGAGAUUAGCCGAGCAACUGGGCCGGAGAGAAGACGAGGCUAAAAUUCGCCAUGGUCUUGGCCUCUCCCUUUGGGCUAGUGGAAACCUGGAGGAGGCCCAACACCAGCUUUACAGGGCAUCGGCCCUGUUUGAAACCAUCCGGCACGAGGCCCAGCUGAGCACAGACUACAAACUCUCCCUGUUUGACCUGCAGACGUCAUCGUAUCAGGCCUUGCAGCGGGUGCUCGUCAGCCUAGGCCACCACGACGAAGCGCUGGCGGUGGCAGAAAGGGGGCGGACAAGGGCAUUUGCCGAUCUUCUGGUGGAGCGACAGACGGGACAGCAGGACUCCGACCCCUACUCCCCGGUCACUAUCGAUCAGAUCUUGGAGCUGGUCAACAGCCAGAGGGGCCUGGUGCUCUACUACUCCCUGGCCGCAGGCUACCUGUACAGCUGGCUGCUUGCUCCGGGGGCAGGAAUUCUGAAGUUUCACGAGCACUACCUGGGUGACGGCACAGUGGAGAGCUCCGGGGACUUCCAGGCUGGCAGCAGCGCAGCCCUCCCGUCGGUGACCAGCUCGGCCCUGGAGCACCACAUCGCCAGCGUCCGGGAGGCCCUGGGGGUGGAGUCCUACUACUCCAGAGCCUGUGCCAGCAGCGAGACGGAGAGCGAAGCCGGGGACAUCAUGGACCAGCAGUUGGAAGAGAUGAACAGCAAACUCAACUCAGUCACCGACCCCACGGGCUUCCUGCGCAUGGUUCGCCGCAACAACCUCUUCAACAGGAGCUGCCAGAGCGUCACCAGCCUGUUCAGCACGGCGUCGCCCGCCAAGGACGGGACCUCGUCUCUCCCCAGGAGGCAGAGCGCACUGGCCAAGCCCCCGCUCCGGGCCCUGUACGACCUGCUCAUAGCACCCAUGGAAGGGGGCCUGAUGCACUCCAGCGGCCCGGUGGGCCGGCACCGGCAGCUGGUCCUGGUCCUGGAGGGGGAGCUCUACCUCAUCCCCUUCGCCCUGCUGAAGGGAAGCUCCUCCAACGAGUACCUGUACGAGCGCUUCGCCCUCAUCGCCGUGCCCGCCAUCCGCUCGCUCAGCCCGCACUCCAAGACUCAGCUGAGGAAGAGCCCGCCCACCUACUCCAGUUCCACGUCCAUGGCGGCUGUCAUCGGCAACCCCAAGCUGCCGUCGGCCGUGAUGGACAGGUGGCUGUGGGGGCCCAUGCCGGCGGCCGAGGAGGAAGCCUACAUGGUGUCGGAGCUGCUGGGCUGCCAGCCCCUGGUGGGCAGCGUGGCCACCAAGGAGAGGGUCAUGAGCGCCCUGACCCAGGCCGAGUGCGUGCACUUCGCCACCCACAUCUCCUGGAAGCUGUCGGCCUUGGUCCUCACGCCCAGCGCGGACGGCAACCCGGGCAGCAGCAAGAGCUCCUUCGGCCACCCCUACACCAUCCCCGAGUCCCUGCGGGUGCAGGACGACGCCAGCGACGCCGAGAGCAUCUCGGACUGCCCGCCCCUGCAGGAGCUGCUGCUCACGGCCGCCGACGUCCUGGACCUGCGGCUGCCCGUGAAGCUGGUGGUGCUCGGCUCCUCCCAGGAGUCCAACGGCAGGGUCACGGCCGACGGGGUCAUCGCGCUCACGCGCGCCUUCCUGGCCGCCGGCGCGCAGUGUGUGCUCGUGUCCCUGUGGCCGGUGCCCGUGGCCGCUUCCAAGAUGUUCAUCCACGCCUUCUACUCGUCGCUGCUGAAUGGCCUCAAGGCCAGCGCGGCGCUGGGGGAGGCCAUGAAGGCGGUGCAGAGCAGCAAGGCCUUCGCGCACCCGUCCCACUGGGCAGGCUUUCUGCUCAUCGGGAGCGAUGUCAAGCUUAACAGUCCCUCGUCCAUCAUCGGCCAGGCCCUCACGGAGAUCCUGCAGCACCCGGAGCGCGCCCGCGACGCCCUGCGCGUGCUGCUGCACCUGGUGGAGAAGUCCCUGCAGCGCAUCCAGAACGGGCAGCGCAACGCCAUGUACACGUCCCAGCAGAGCGUGGAGAACAAAGUGGGCGGCAUCCCCGGCUGGCAGGCGCUCCUCACCGCCGUGGGCUUCCGGCUGGACCCCCCGGCCAGCGGGCUGCCGGCCGCCGUCUUCUUCCCCACCUCCGACCCGGGCGACCGGCUCCAGCAGUGCAGCAGCACCCUCCAGUCCCUGCUGGGUCUGCCCAACCCCGCCCUCCAAGCCCUCUGCAAACUCAUCACGGCCUCGGAGACAGGGGAGCAGCUCAUCAGCCGGGCUGUUAAAAAUAUGGUGGGAAUGCUCCACCAGGUGCUCGUGCAGCUCCAGGCCGGCGAGAAGGAGCAGGACUUCGCCUCGGCCCCCAUCCAGGUCUCCAUCAGCGUGCAGCUGUGGCGGCUCCCGGGCUGUCACGAGUUCCUGGCAGCUCUAGGUUUUGAUCUCUGUGAAGUGGGCCAGGAGGAAGUCACCCUGAAGACCGGGAAGCAGGCCAGCCGGCGAGCCGUGCACUUCGCGCUCCAGUCCCUGCUCGCUCUCUUCGAUUCCACGGAGCUGCCCAAACGCCUCAGCCUCGACAGCUCCUCCUCGCUGGAGUCCCUGGCCUCCGCGCAGUCGGUUUCCAACGCCCUGCCCCUGGGCUACCAGCAGCCCCCCUUCUCCCCCACCGGCGUGGACAGCAUGGCCUCGGACGCCAUCUCCGUGUACAGCCUGAGCUCCAUCGCCUCCUCCAUGAGCUUUGUCUCCAAACCCGAGGCGGGGCCAGAAGGCGGGGGCCCCAGGCCCAAGAAUGCCCACCCGCAGAGAUCCACCCUGCCUCGCGGCCAGCUGUCCCCGCAGAGCCGCCCCGCGGGCCACAGGGACGAAGAAGAAUACGAGGGGUUCUCCAUCAUCAGCACGGAGCCCCUGGCCUACCACGAAAACAGGAAGGGCCAGGGCCGCUUCUCCCCAGACCACAGGGCGCCCCGAGGCGGGCCGGCGGGCGGGGUCAAAGUGUCCGUGAGCUCCAAGGGCAGCGUCAGCACACCCAGCUCGCCGGUCAAAAUGACUCUCAUCCCCAGCCCCAACUCGCCCUUCCAGAAGGUAGGAAAACUGGCCAGUUCAGACACAGGAGAAUCGGACCAGUCUAGCACAGAAACAGACAGUACCGUGAAGUCCCAAGAAGAGGGCAACCCAAAGCUCGAGCCGCAGGAGCUGGCCCAGAAGAUCCUGGAGGAGACGCACAGCCACCUCAUGGCCGUGGAGCGGCUCCAGAGGGGCGGCCAGGCCGGGAAGGGCCUCGGGGCUGAGGACGCGCGCCCGGCGCCCGGCGGUGCAGCCGUCUUCAGGGCGUCCGAGACGAGCGCCUUCAGCAGGCCCGUCCUCUCCCACCAGAAGAACCAGGCCUCCCCGGUCACUGGCAGACCCAAGCCCCCCGCCAGGAGCUCGUCCCUCCCCAAGGUGAGCUCAGGCUACAGCAGCCCCGCCGCCUCGGAGGCGUCCGUCAAGGACAGCCCGAGCCAGCACAGCGGCCGCCCGUCGCCCGGCUCCGACUCCCAGGCUUCCCUGGCCGAGCAGCCCCUGUUUAAGCUCAAGUACCCCAGCUCGCCUUACAGCGCGCACAUCUCCAAGUCCCCGAGCUCAGGCCACCAGUCGCCUGCGGGCAGCGCCCCGUCCCCCGCGCUCUCCUACUCCUCGGCCGGCUCCGCGCGCUCCAGCCCGGCCGAUGCCCCCGACAUAGACAAACUGAAGAUGGCCGCCAUCGACGAGAAGGUGCAGGCCGUCCACAACCUCAAGAUGUUCUGGCAGAGCGCCCCCCAGCACUCGCCAGGCCCCAUGAAGCUGUUCCGGGGCACCCCUGGCACCAUGGCUUCCAAAAGGGACGUCCUCAGUCUGCUGAACCUGUCCCCUCGGCACAACAAGAAGGAGGAGGGGGCAGACAAGCUGGAGCUGCAGGAGCUGUCCACGCAGCAGCGCGACGGGGCGCCGCCGCAGGCCCCCCCCAACGGACACUGGCGCCCCGAGCCCGCCGGCCCCGCCAGCGCCGCACGCCCCCUCAGACUCCCCUCGGGAAACGGCUACAAGUUCCUGUCCCCAGGAAGGUUCUUCCCUUCUUCCAAAUGCUGAAGCGUCUUCCGAGCCUGGGUGCGGCCCCCACACAGCCGCCAGCACCACCUCACGCCGGCGCACUCUGGACCGGGGCCACCGCCGCCCCACGCCCGGGCGGCCCCUCGGGGCCAGGUCCGCCGAACGCCAGGACUGCCGUGGGCCAGGACAGGAGGCUCACGAUGCAGUCUACACUCGCCAAAUGUUUACCCUCCCACUCCCCGCUUCUCAUCUCGGGUGCACUCUCAACGGGCUCUAGUACAACAGCGGUCACGGUUCUCGGGUGCGGGCAGGAAAGGGCGCAGCCCCUGACACGCGGCUUUCGGGUGCCGGCCGGGGAGGGCAGCACAGAACCUCCACGCGGAGCCCCGCACAAGUGCCGCGCUAGCGAGACCCGCAGGGGCAGCUCCGCGCCACGGGGCUCGCCAGCGUCCUCUGGGCCCCUCUGUCAACCAAACUUGAAUUUUCUUAAGAAAUUUAUGUAACUGUUAUCCAGGCAUUUUAGAACUAUGCAAUUGUGAUUUAAAAUGCAACUUUGUGCUUUUAAAACGUUACUGACCUUUUUUGUACAUGGAUGAACAACUUGGUUUUAUUAUCAAUAAUACUUUGCAUUUAUAGCUGUUAUUUUUAAAAACUCAAAGUUUUGUAAAAUGUCAAAUUUUGAGGAAUCAUCAAUAAGUAAUUAUCAAGUUCAGGGGGAAAGGUUGGGAACGAUUCAGUUUCUCUACAAGAAAACAAACCUCCCGUGGCUAACAAGGUUCAUGAGAAGUUCGCCUUCCGGCUCCGGCUCCUGCUCCCUUAGAGUAGCUGUAUGAUUUUAUUCCUGCCCCAGGCCCCCCCAGCCCCCUCCACCCCAACCCAGUGCCAGCUCCCGCGACCGCAGCGGGAGACUCCGUCCCCACUGCCUGCUCCACGGGGAAGGGAGGCGAGGGGCCGGUCUAGUUAGGGAUACCUUUUAAUUUAUUUUAAUAAAGUACUGAAAUGCUGAAAAUCAUUAGUACUAAGUUUAGUUGGACAAGUGAGGUAAGUUUCUUUUCGACAGCUCCAAAGUAAACCCCGACCAUCCUCACAGUGAGGGCACAGGGCAGGGGCAGGAGGGGCCUGGCCGCAGGCUCCACCUCGGGAAGGCUUCUCCUCCCUGGGUGCUAGGCCUGACACCCCGCUCGGAUCCCCCCUGGAAGAGAGGCUAUUAACAGUGUGGUCGCAGGGGCAGAGGAGACAUGAGCGCAAGCUGCAGCCAGGCGCACGCAGACAGCCGUGAUGAACCUCAGCGCAGACCAACGCCUAGAUCCCAAGGACACUGCUGUUUUCAGUUUCAAACUCAAGAGCCAGACAGUACUUGUGAUUUAAAAAAAAAAAGUGUUUUUUUGUCCCAUGUGCAAGUUCCAAGGAAGAGCAGCAAAGCUGGUAGAAGCAGAGGACCCCUGCAGGUCCCGAGCCCGCGCCCGGCGGCUGCCAGGCCGCGCGUCGCCACCUGGGUGAAGAGCGCACAGCACACAGCGGAGCGCGUCGUUCAGCUCACGCCCAGGGCUGCGCGCGCUCACCGUCACGCGACAGGCCGGCCCUGUGCUCAUCCCGGCUUAGCCACGGCCACUCCAGCCGCCGUCUGGUCACCCACACGGCGGGUCUGGCCACGAGCUAAGGAUGGAAUUUUACCUUGUACAAUGGUUCUAUAAAUACCUACAUAAUAUUCUCCAUUUUGCCUCUUAGCCCACAGAGCCUAAAGUAGCUCAUCGGGGCCUUUUAAGGAGAAGUUUUCUGAUGCCUGGUGCAGACGACGUGAAACACAAACGGAGCUGGCCCUGCUUCCACGGGCUCGCAGGAGCCUCAGGGAGCAGGCAGCACGGCCUGGCGGGCCCGGGCACCUGAGCACAGGAGGGCGCCUGAGCAGCCCCUGGCUUUUCACCCCACAACCUUCCCUGCUUGGGAGGCGUCAACAGUUUUGCUUCCCACGUGCAGGCAGCAUUGGCUAGAUUUUUUUUAAGUUCUGUAAACUGGGAUGCCCUGCCCCUCCUGUACCCCAUCAAACGCAGAGACUGACACAAGCAAUAACCCCUCUUAGAAACCCUGGCGCGACCGCAAAGUGAGCGAGCUGAACUGGGAUUCCCACGACAGAACGAGCUCCUAAACGGACGCUUCAAUCCACAUUGGCAUGCAGCAAAGUCAAACAGUUCUCUCCCAGUCCCGUUUCUGAAAACGUCACAGCCCGCACUGACCCAAGAUGAGGUGUCACCGCACAGCCCCCCCCCCUCCCCGGGACCCCUGGUCGGUGAGCACUGCGGCAGUCCCUGGUCCAGCCUGUCCAGCCACCUCCCAGCCACACGCGCUUGCAGACUCACAGGAAUGGUAGCCUGGUUGGUUUGGGUUCAGGUUGGAAAAUCCAAUGCAAUAAUCUGGUUUGCAUUUAGUGAGUAGGCAGAGAGGAACGACUGUGUAAUUUUCAUCACCUGCUUUGUCGUUUUAUCUAAAAUGUACCUGUGGUUUGUGAACCGAGCCCCCGUGUGCACCAGGCCCAUCGGCACCCCCGUGCCCCCCCUCCCCCCUCAGACGCCUCCCACUCGCCACUCACGCUCCUUACGCGCAGUGUUAGCCAUCUUUGGCCUCUGUGGACUUUUUUGUAGACGGCGCGGUUCCAUCCGCAUUCCACUUUUUCUACUGCAGAGUUUACCGUGGAAGAGAGCUUCCUAUUUUUAUGGAGACUGCUGGGGCACUUGGCCUUCUUCCUUUGUGAUGUCAGUGUCUAUUAAAGCAUGAGUUCUGACGUUUUAA